AUGCAAUGCAUAAACCUUUUGCUCCAGACUCUUAUCAUCAGUCCCCAUCAAUCUUCCACUGCUUUGGUUGAUGGACUUGCUGGUAAUAUCUUCUACAUGUCCACACAAAUGUAUGGAAACCAUAUUCUCCAGAAAUGCUUGCAGCUUGGUAGUGUGAGAAAUGCAUCUUUCCUCAUCUAUGAGCUCAGCCCACACAUCUUCUACUUGCUCACACAUAGAUAUGGCAACUAUGUGCUUCAAAGAAUGCUCAACAGGUUGAGGUUGAUGAAUCCACAACACUUCCGUUCGCUUUCCUCUCAGAUCUUGUCAAGGAAACCUCAACUUCAGCAUAACUCCUCUGCACAACACGUGUUCUUUGAAUGCCAAGCUUGA